AUUUUACAAUGUAUUUCCGACGCACACUAACCUCGUGUCAUUGUUAUCAAAGUAUUCCAUUUUUAUAAUUAUAGGUAUAAUUUAUAAUAUUAAUUAUAAUAUCAAUCACAAGUUACACAUAAUAUGAAUAAAAAUGAUAUGAAAAAGCAAGUAAAUACGUUGUUUCCUUUGUCAAAUUUUGACAUAAGUAACCCUAUUGUUAGUAUGAUUGAAUAGAGUAAAUGAUAUUAUCUAAGCGUAUAAGGAUUGUUAUUGCAAACGUACUUUAUGACAAUAUGAAGUCAAUCAACUAAAUUGCUUUUUAUGACAUUUAUCAUCGAUUCUACGCAUUUUUACACAAAGUAUAGAAGAAGUAUAUGCUGCUUUAUUCCUUCAUCCAUACGCGAGGUUAUAAGCAGCAUAAUCAAUAUCUUCGUACAUGUAAAAUUCGUUCAUUUCUAUCGCAUAACCAGAUAUUUAUAGAUUAAAUACCGUAGUACGGUUUGCUAAAAUAUAUUACUCCUUUCUCUUAAACUUUAAUACAAAAUAUUAAAAGCGUUUUCUAUUAAGCUAUUCAUUGAAUCAUGGACUUAUUUAAAGCUUUAAAUUUAUUCAGUCAAGGAAAAUAUGAAGAUUGCGCAACAAUAUGUACAAAUUUAUUACAAAAGAAUCCUCUUGAUCAGACUAUAUGGGUCUUAAAAAUGCGUGCCUUAACAUUACAAGUAUACGUAGAUGAUAUAGAAGGUGAAGAGGAAGGAAUUGCUGAAAGUCUAUUAGAUAAUUAUACAAUAUCUUCUAUGCCUAGACCAGGUACAUCUUUAAAAGCUCCUGGUACUUCUUCUGUGGGACAAUGUCUUCGGCCCAAAACUCAAUCAGGUAGGCCACUUACUGGUGUUGUGCGACCAGCUACUCAGUCUGCUAUGUCUCAGUCGAUUGAGCAAACUUUAAGAACACCCAGAACAGCUAUGACAGCCAGACCAAUUACUGCAAUUUCUAGUCGUAGCGUUAGAUUAGGCACAGCAUCCAUGUUAACAGAGCCGGGAGGACCUUUUAUACAAUUAUCACGAUUAAAUAUUUCUAAAUAUGCUAGUCAACCAAGUAUUGCUAAACCAUUAUUUGAGUACAUAUAUUAUCACGAACAUGAUGUUAGAUAUGCACUAGAUUUAGCAGUGCAAGCAACUCAAAUUUGUCAUUAUAAAGAUUGGUGGUGGAAAGUACAACUUGGAAAAUGUUAUUAUAGUCUAGGAUUAAUCAGAGACGCUGAACAACAAUUUAAAUCAGCAUUAAAAGAUUCUAAAACUAUUGAGGUAAUCUUGAGACUAAUCAGAGUUUAUGUUAGACUUGAUCAACCAUUAACAGCUUUAGAUACAUGUAAAAAAGGCCUUGAGUAUUUUCCUAACGAUGUCAAUAUUCUUACUGAAAUGGGACGUAUAUUCGACGGUCUGAAUAAUAUGAGUAUGUCGUUAAAAUACUAUAAAUUAAUUGCUCAGGAAGAUGCUUCUCAUACAGAAGCAAUAGCAAGUAUCGGAAUACAUCAUUUUUACAAUGAUCAGCCGGAAUUAGCUUUACGAUAUUAUAGACGAUUGUUACAAAUGGGAGUAUAUAAUGCUGAAUUAUUUAAUAAUCUUGGAUUAUGUUGUUUUUAUGCUCAGCAAUAUGAUCAUGUUAUAUCUUGUUUUGAAAGAGCAAUUAGUCUUUCUACUGAUGAAAAUAUGGCAGACAUAUGGUAUAACAUUUCACACAUUGCUCUUACUGUAGGUGACAUAACAAUGGCGGAAGAAUGUUUAAAAUUAGCUAUUGUUAGCGACAAUAGACACGCUUUAGCAUACAAUAAUUUUGGAGUCAUACAAAUACGAAAUGGAAACAUUACAGCGGCGAGAACAUAUUUUCAUGCUGCUGCCAACAUUGCUAAUUUUAUUUACGAGCCUCAUUUUAAUAGUGCUUAUUUAGCUUACAAGGUUGGAGAUCUUCAAACAAGUUACAUUGCUAUACAAAAGUCGUUAAGCGUAUAUCCUAAUCAUUCUGAUAGCAGAACUCUUUUAAACAAAUUAGAGAGGUAUUUCUCGCACGUGUGAAUAGAAAAAUAUACAGUUUAUUUAUAUCACGUAAAAUGUAUUAUUUUAUUAAUGUUUGAUUCUAGUCUUACAACUAAUAUUACCUAUCUAAUAUGUAUAUGUAAAAAAUACAAAUCAUAUAAUAUGA